AUGGCUUUCACAGCGCCCUACACCUACAUCCAAUGCCCUUGCUCCUCAGAUCAUACGGAUCUAGAUCAUGGUGACCAGAUAGCUCAAGACGCGAUCGAAAACGACGACGAACACACAUUCGACCCCCGCGCCCCGCGUUCAAAUUACUCCCUAUAUCCUCUAGAAUACCUCCUCUACUGCGAAGAGUGCCAACAGAUUCGGUGUCCCAAAUGCGUCAACGAAGAGAUUGUCACAUACUUUUGCCCAAAUUGUCUUUUUGAAGUACCGAGCAGUAACCUACGGAGCGAAGGCAAUAGAUGCACGCGAAGCUGUUUCCAGUGCCCUGUCUGCACCAGCCCGGUCCAAGCUGGUGAAAUACCGAACGAACCCGACCCUACUCUACUCGGCGCGGAUAACAAUCCCACUGCCCAUUUGAGCUACGCCCUGUUCUGCCAAUACUGCAAUUGGUCCUCGAGUGAGAUCGGUAUUGAGUUUGAUCGCCCCAGCGGGAUUCCUGCCCAAUUGGCCAAAGUGAAGAAUGGCGGAGAGCCAAAACUCACCGUCAAAGACCUCAAAGAGAGGCGGAAAGAGAACCCCGACGAGGGUCCAGUUGCCGACGAGCUGGUCGACACCGAACUCCAGUUCGCAAACCUCAAAUCCUUCUUUCAAGGUCAGCUAUCCGAUAGCACCGGUGUUCUUGGCAACCUUUCUCUGGCAGAUGGUGCCGGAUUCUCGUCGCCAGCGGCAUUGUCUCGCAUCAUGACUCUCUACACAGCUGGUCGGGGCCAGCCGGGCCGGCAACGCGGACCCCCAGACACAAUGCGGGAGGCACUUUCCACCGACGACGGUCUCAGGAUUGCCAAGCUCGAUGAGUCCGCGGAAGUGAAAAAGCUGUUCCGCGGCGGGUGGGAUGAAACGGUGUCCAGAGAACAGACGCUGGCGCAGCUGGAGCCCGCGAGGUUUCAAGAUGAGCUCCGGCCCACGCAGUGCACGCUCCGGACGAAACGAUCCAAGCGAUGCGCGGUCUGCCGGCACAUCAUUUCCAAACCCGAGAACAAGGUGGCGUCCACCCGGUUCAAGAUCCGCCUGGUUGCCAAGAACUACAUCCCCUCGAUUUCCAUCAGGCCCUUGAAGCCGACUGCGAGUGGGAUUCCCGUGGGCCUGCGCCCAGACGUUCAAAUAGAGAAGCCUCUCAAGCCCCUCCAGCCCUGUCAGUACAUCGUGACGUUUACGAAUCCUCUCUUUGAGAGUAUCAAGGUUACCCUUGCAACGCCCAAUAGCACACCGGGGCGCUUCUCAAGCAGGGUCACGCUGCUUUGUCCCGAGUUCGAGGUAGAUGCGAACACGGAUAUGUGGGACGAUGCGCUUCGAGACGACGGCGACUUGAAGAAGCGAGACGACAGCAAUGGGCAGGCCGAGGCCGGUAAGAUCUACGAGAGAGGCCGGAACUGGGUCAGUGUUGUACUCGAGGUCAUUCCACCGUCCCUGCGUGUGGAGAAUCUCGAUCUCACUGCCAAGCCUGGGGAAGCGGUGGACAAAAGUCCGCUCAAGGAGGACGAGGACAUUCUGGAGAUACCCAUGUUUAUUCGUAUCGAGUGGGAGGCGGAGGCACAGCACGAUAUCACAGGAACAGCAGGCAGGGACAAGGAUGCACGGGAAAAGAGGGAGCUUGCAUACUGGUGUGUCCUUGGGGUGGGACAGAUUAGUCACGACUGA